AUGCCCCACCGAUUCAAGACCUACAAUUACAAAAGCCCCACUUUCUGUGAUCACUGUGGCAGUUUGCUCUGGGGUUUGGUGAAGCAGGGGUUGAAAUGUGAUGAAUGUGCUAUGAAUGUUCAUCACAAGUGUCAGACCAAAGUGGCCAAUUUGUGUGGCAUCAACCAGAAACUUCUAGCAGAGGCUCUGAAUCAAGUCAGCAUGCUGUGCAACCAGUUUCAGCUCUCUGAUAUCCUCAGAGGAUUCAGAGAGCCUGCCUACAAGUUGGAGUUUAACACAAUGAAGCAGAACGCCAGCUACAACCAGUAUGAUAAGCUUUGGGAGGGUAGCAGUCCUCAGCCUGCGAGAGGGCCCAGUAUCAGCAGCCGUGUAUCAGUGGAGAAUUUCACAUUUCACAAGGUUCUUGGAAAAGGCAGCUUUGGAAAGGUCCUCUUAGCUGAGGUAAAAGGCAAGAAUGAGUUUUUUGCUGUAAAAGCUCUAAAGAAAGACGUAGUGCUGAUUGAUGAUGAUGUGGAGUGCACCAUGGUGGAGAAACGUGUGCUGGCAUUAGCAUGGGACAAUCCAUUUCUAACUCAUAUCUACUGCACCUUCCAGACUAAGGAGCAUCUCUUCUUUGUUAUGGAGUUUCUGAACGGUGGUGAUUUGAUGUUCCACAUACAGGACAAGGGUCGGUUUGAUCUUUUCAGGGCUACGUUCUAUGCAAGUGAAAUAAUCUGUGGAUUACAAUUCCUCCACUCAAAGGGAAUUAUUUAUAGGGAUCUGAAAUUGGAUAAUGUGAUGUUGGAUCGGGAUGGUCAUAUCAAGAUUGCAGACUUUGGUAUGUGCAAGGAGAAUGUUAUUGAUGAAAAUAAAGCAAGCACUUUCUGUGGGACCCCAGAUUAUAUUGCUCCAGAGAUAUUACAUGGACAUAAGUACACAUUUUCUGUAGACUGGUGGUCAUUUGGAGUCCUGCUGUAUGAAAUGUUGAUUGGUCAGUCUCCUUUCCAUGGUGAUGAUGAGGAUGAGCUGUUUGAAUCCAUUAGAAUGGACACUCCACACUAUCCAAGAUGGAUCACAAAGGAAUCCAAAGACAUCCUAGAGAAGCUGUUUGUGAGAGAUCCCACAAAGAGACUUGGUGUAACUGGAAACAUCAAGUUACAUCCUUUCUUCAAGACUAUCAACUGGACUGCUUUGGAAAAGAGAGAAGUAGAACCACCCUUUAAACCAAAAGUGGUAUGUAUUUCAUUGUACACAUUUUUCUAA